AUGAACGCCGCUCAGUAUCUACUGGAUCGUAUGCGCACUUGCAAGGCUAUGCAAGAAAUUAGCAAUACGAAGGCACGUGGCUGGUUCUCGUCCGUAGGCAGUGCCACACACACGUUUCAUGACGACGACGCCGUGGGUUUUGGUCCCGGUUACAUGGUGGUAGCAGACGGUGUGUCCGGCACUGCAAAGGCAUCUGGCGUGCUAGCUCGGAUGCUAGUGACUGAGACAUUGGUAAAACUAGCAAAGCUGCGCAAGCGCAAGCGAGAAAAGCCACUUUAUGCCGAAACAUUUCGCCAGAGUAUGCAAGCGGCGAUCAAGAGCGCGCGCAAGCUUGCAAAGCGUAAAGGACGACUGGACUCGGCCAUCUCGGCUGUAUUUUUUGAUGAGACGUCGCGUCAAAUGUUUGUGUACACGAUUGGCGAUUGCAAGUGUGUGGUUUUUCGAUGUGGUAAUCUUGUGUUCGAGAGUGAAUCAAUCAUUUACGAUUUCAACGUACCUGCCGUGGUGUCUAGCAAUCAAUCCACUAAUUAUGUCGCCGAAGUGCAGAUACAGGUCUUUGCGUAUGAAGUUGGUGAUGUGUGUCUUUUAUUCUCGGACGGCGUGCACGACAAUCUGUACGUUGACGAUAUUGCGUCCUGUGUCACAUUGGUAGCAAGCUCACCGUUACCUCAACCGAAAGGUGGAGCAGCAGAAGAAAUGGCGCGAAGAAUCGUACAACGCGCUACGGACACUUUCUCAAGCAGCACAGAGUUCAUCCCAUUUGCCGUCUCAGCCGCACGAUUUUGCCGUGAGGCGUUAAACGAACUGUUGGUGACCAACACUGUCGAUUCAGCCGAGUUUGAGCGAUUUCGACACAAGUGCGAAGCCAUUCCAUCUUUAAACGUAAAACGCGCUGCGUUUGGCAAGGAGCGCCGUGUACGUCGACUCGCUUUUUUACAGCGCGUCUAA